UUUUCGGAUCGUUGAACCAUUCCUAUAUCAUCAUCAUCCACAAAGACAAUUUUACGAGAAACACUUCAGAAAGUAGUUAAGCUUCAGAUAAACGAAGAAACGAUUCCGAUGGCAACCAAAGUGUAUAUCGUGUACUACUCAAUGUACGGUCACGUGGAGAAGCUGGCUGAAGAAAUAAGGAAAGGAGCUGCUUCUGUUGAAGGUGUUGAAGCCAAACUAUGGCAGGUGCCAGAGACGCUUCCAGAAGAAGCACUCCUUAAGAUGAGCGCACCACCAAAGAGUGGAUCACCAAUCAUCACACCCAACGACCUAACUGAAGCUGAUGGUUUUGUCCUUGGUUUCCCAACAAGGUUUGGUAUGAUGGCUGCUCAGUUCAAAGCCUUCUUGGACGCAACUGGUGGACUCUGGAGGACUCAGGCACUCGCCGGUAAACCAGCUGGUAUCUUCUACAGCACUGGCUCUCAAGGUGGUGGCCAAGAAACCACCGCGUUGACGGCGAUAACUCAGCUGGUUCACCACGGGAUGAUAUUUGUCCCAAUCGGUUACACAUUUGGUGCUGGAAUGUUCGAGAUGGAGAAAGUUAAAGGUGGGAGCCCUUAUGGAGCUGGAACAUUCGCAGGAGAUGGUUCUAGGCAGCCAACGCAGCUCGAGCUAGAGCAAGCUUUUCACCAAGGCAAGUACAUUGCAACCAUCACCAAGAAGCUCAAAGUAUCUACUGCUUAAUGUUUUCUAAUGAUUCGGUAUCAAUAAGAAAAAAAAAAAAAAAACAUUGCCUGUUUUGCUCUGCUUUAUUAAUAUAUAUAUAAAGUCCAUCAUAUAUAUUCUUUCACUUUGAUAUUAUUUCACAACAAUAAUUAUUGUCUUGUUUUUACGUAUAGAUAUGUAAUGAUUUGUGCUUGCGUUUCACUC